UAAACAAACAAAAUCUUCAGAGAAAAAUAAAGAAAUAAAAACCACAUCACCUUUAGAGUGCAUUUCCACAAAUAUAUUGCCUGGAGUGAUGACUUGCUCAGAGUCCGAUUUUGCUCUUCUCGACGCUAUUCGAGAGCAACUUCUCCGUGAUGAUCAAUUUGAUAAUUAUUUUGAUCAUUUUGACUCUCGGAUGUAUCCCCGGAGUUCGAGCUUCAGUAACAUCUUUCUGUCGGAGAGUUGGAGUGCUGAUCUGCCCUUCAAGGAGGACGACACCGAUGACAUGGUCGUUUACGGUGCUCUCCGCGACGCCGCCAACUCCGGAUGGAGCCCCUCUGCCGAAGAAGGCAGCUCGCCAGUGAAAACCGAGGAUUUCACUGAACAAUUUCAGGCUGUUACACCGGCGCGUGUAAAUGAUAUGCCAACAGUUACAGCGCGUGAAUCUCACGCGCCGCCGCAUCAGGGGAUGAACACGCGUUUUAGAGGGGUGAGGCGGAGGCCGUGGGGGAAGUACGCGGCUGAGAUUCGGGACCCGAAGAAGAACGGGAAGAGGGUUUGGCUCGGGACCUACGAGACACCGGAGGACGCGGCGUUGGCCUAUGACCGGGCGGCUUUUGAAAUGCGGGGAGCCAAGGCCAAGCUCAAUUUCCCUCACCUCAUUGGUUCGGAGGCUCCGGAGCCGGUUAGGAUAACGCCGAAGCGCCGAACGCCAGAGCCUUUAUCAUCACCGUCAUCGUCGACGUCGUCGGAGACUUGGUCGUUUAGUCCGGCAAAAAGGAGGCACGUCGGAAAAAUUGGUUCUUUGGAAAUUAUUGAAAGUGGAGACAGUUACGAUUUGCUGAAGUGGGAACAAUAAUGAAUUAAUUUAAUGUUGAUGGAUCACAUUUAGCUGAUGUAGUUACACUUUCGAAAUUGUAAAACUUUGGAUAUUCAAUGAAAAUUUAGUUAUUA